AUGGAAACAAAGAAACGAUUUACGCCUCAAGUGAUUGACGAAGACUUAGUGAUCAGUGGAAUGAGUGGUCGGUUCCCGGAAUCCAAUUCCACCGACGAGUUCGCACAGAAUCUCUACAAUAAUGUCGAUAUGAUUACGGAUGACAACCGGCGAUGGCCUUCAGAGAUGUAUGGAAUGGACCAAAGGAUGGGUAAACUGAAAGAUAUCGAAAAAUUUGACGGAAACUUCUUUGGGGUGAUGGCCGCUGUGGGCGAUAAGAUUGAUCCACACCUGAGGAUACUUAUGGAGACCACAUACGAGGCUAUAGUGGACGCCGGUAUUAACCCGCAGACACUCCGGGGUUCAAAUACUGGGGUUUAUAUCGGAUACUCGACGUUCGGAAUGCCUGAAGGACUUCCCGAGGAGGUGCAGCCCGACUCCCAGACCAAUAUGGCGGAAACCCUGUUAUGGGUGCAGGGUCAGGCCAAGUGCCUCUACUCCAACCGACUGUCAUUCGUGUUUGACUUGAGGGGUCCGUCCGUUAUCAUGGAUACGGCCUGUUCUUCCAGUUUAGUGGCUUUCAAUACAGCCAUCAAUGACUUGAGAUUAGGCAAGUGUGACCGGGCUAUAGUUGGCGGCACUAACGUGAAUCUGCAGCCCUUCACGAACCACAUCUUCCAAGUGACUCGACUUAACUCUAGUGAUGGCGUUCCCAAAGUGUGGGACCAGAAUGCGGACGGAUUCGUGAGGGGAGAGACCAUCGCCUGCUUCCUCAUACAGAGGAGGUCUCUGGCGAAGCGAGUCUACGCCACUGUCUUGAACUCCGGGGUCAACAUCGAUGGCAACAAAAGGAUGGGAAUGUUUUUCCCCUCAACUGAGAGACAACAGGAGCUCAUGAUUCAGGUCUACAAAGAGGCGAAUGUGGAUCCGCUGGAAGUGAACUACUUUGAAGCCCACGCCACGGGUACUAAGGUGGGCGACCCCCAGGAGGCCAAGGCUAUUUACAACGCCUACUGUUUUUUGCCCAAAAGAGAGGGAACUCUACCCAUCGGUCUGUUGAAGAGCAACAUCGGUCACGCGGAGGGGGCGUCAGGCGUGUCGUCGGUCACCAAAGUGUUGAUUUCAUACGAGAAUGAAUGCAUUCCAGCGAACCUUCAUCUCAAUAAAAUCAAGUCCACGAUCGCAGACAUGUGUCCGCCACUGGUGCCCAUCACCGAGAAUAUGAAAUAUACUCCGGGUAUCGCUGGAGUGAACAACUUUGGAGUGGGAGGUGUGAACGCACACGCAUUGCUUGAACCCAACUAUAAGCUCACGGAUGCGGACAGCCUUAAGAUUGCCGACACUAUCCCCAGGAUUGUCAACAUCUGCGCCCGAACUGAGGAGGCGUUGAACCAAAUGUUUGACUUCAUUCAAAACAAUCCUCAAAAGAUAACACGAGAUUUUUUGGCCCUUUUGUGCGAUACUAUGAAAACUCACACUUCUUUAAACACUGUUGGCUUUCCUUAUAGAGGCUCAAUUUUCAUCAAACAAGUGAACGACGAUAAGAAUCAAAUUGAAUACAGAAGACAAUCGUCUGUCUUGAAGACUAGGAAUGUGAGACCCGUUUGGUUCCUAUUCCCCGGUCUGGGAGGACAAUGGGUUGGUAUGGCUAAGGCUUUGAUGCCAAUCAAGAUAUUUGCCGAUAAAAUAGAAGAAUGCCAUGAAAUACUCAAACCAUUUGGUGUGGAUUUGAAACAUUUAUUAUUAUCUGACGAUAAGAAGUCCAUGUCGUCGAUGACCAACAAAUUCUGUGCGACAACUGCUCUCGAAAUAGCACUCUUUGAUGUCAUGAAAGCACUCGACAUAACGCCCGACGGUAUUAUCGGUCACUCUUUCGGUGAAAUAGCGGCCGCUUAUGCCGACGGAUGUCUCACCACUAAAGAAGCGCUUAUUGUGACAUAUAUUAGAGGACAUGUAACCGAAAGCGAUAAGAAAAUACCGAAAGGAUUGAUGGCUGUGGUGGGUAUGACUUGGAGUGAGGUUAAGAAGCUGUGUCCUCCCGGUGUGAGUGUUGUCUGCAAUAAUGCAAAGGAUUCUGUUGUAGUCUCAGGCAUUUAUGACGAAACUAAGCAAUUGGUUGAAUCGCUUCAGAAAAAGGGUGUCUUUGUUCGCGAGCUCGAGAGCCACGGAAUCCCAUACCAUAGCGAAUAUCUCUUAACUUGUGCUCAACGAAUGACCGAUGAAAUCAAGAAAUAUUUACCUAACCCUCGACUUAGAUCCAAGAAAUUCAUUUCAACUGCGAUUCUGGAAUCAGAUGUGAAGGAAGAGUUGAAAUACGCUUCGGCCGAGUAUUUCGUCCAUAACCUCAUUAGUCCCGUCUAUUUCUACAACAAAAUCCCUCAAAUACCUGGCGAUGCCAUUGUCGUAGAGAUCGGACCUCACGCUCUGUUCUCCAAAUUAGUGACACAAUCUCUGGAGUCAUCCACUUAUCUGUCAUUAAUUAAAAAGGAUUCAAACGAUACAAAUCUGGAUAUGUUUUUGACAUCAAUGGGCAAACUCUAUGAAUUGGGAUUAAAUCCUGCCAUCGAGAACCUGUACCCCAAAGUCCAAUGGCCUGUGGCCAGAGGUACUCAAUCCAUCAGCUCUUUGUUGAGUUGGGAUCACUCCGACAACUAUUAUGUCCGCCGAUAUCCUGACCAUCACUUCAAAACCAAUGCUUCAGAUAUGAAUGAAUCCUUAUCACUGUCGCAGUCAUUCAAAUGCCAUUUACCCGACCAUUGCAUCGACGGUAACGUCAUAUUCCCGGCCACAGGGUAUCUGAUGCUUGUGUGGAGACAUUUGGCCGCAUCUCGCGGUCGACUCUGGAAUCAAAUACCGGUUGUCUUUGAAGACAUUCAGUUCAGAAGAGCUGUGUUUUUAUCGGAAACAGAGACCACUAAACUGAAAAUCAAACUUUUUGAACAAACAGGUGAGUUUGUUGUCCUCGAGAACAACAACAUCUCGUGUUUGGGUCGAGUCCGGUGUCCGGACGAAGACGUAUUGUGUGUCCAGAAUCUGAUUGAAGAGCAGAAUAGCGUUGCGAAUGAAAUGGAGAUCAGUAUUGAUGCAAAUGAUAUCUACAAAGACCUGAGAAUAAUGGGCUACGAUUACGGACCACUAUUUAGAGGUCUUAAGAAUAUUAAGACUAAUGACUUCCAAACUAUGAAUGGAAGCGUUCAAUGGGACGGAAAUUGGGUCACUUUUAUGGACUCAUUGCUGCAGACAAUGGCAGUCGCCAUGCCGUUCAGAAAAAUGAUGGUUCCGGUGAUGAUUAAGUCGUUGAAAUGCAAUCCAAAGGUACUCUACGAGGCGUUGGAUAGGAAUCGAGUCGAUGAAGACAAGGAACGGAUUCAGGAGAAGAUAGUGGAAGAUAUAGAGCACAAUAAGAUGGAGUCCAGCGAUGAGGGACUUCUGGAGGGAAAUAACUCUCAGCAGUUGUUGGAAGAGUUCGCUGAACAGAAGUUUCACGUCUAUAAGGCUGUCCUCCCAUUUCAUGUCGAUAUGACCUCCAGAAUGAUUGUCACAUACGGUGUCGAGAUUGAAGAUCUCAUGGCAUUACCCAUCCCUCGCAGGACUAAUAUCCUUGACUUGAAGCUCGAGUCCUAUCAGUUUGUUGCCAACGAAGACCAUAACGCUAUCAAUGACUUCAAUCGCAAUCAUAUUUAUGAAUACAUAAAGGUUUGCAGUAAGUUAUCACAAAAAGUUAAGCAAAUGCUUGGUUUGGACUAUAAUUAUGUAAACAAUAGUGAGAUUACAGAAGAUUUGAUCCAAAAUUAUUUGAAUAAUAUAAAAGAUGAUCAAAUUAUGCUCAAGAUUUUUGAUAAUUUGUUAAAAAUUAUCAAUAAUUCAAAUGAUGAGAACCUAAAUUUGGACAAAAAGUUAGCCAAUUCUAAGGCCAGCGCUUUUAUAUGUGACAUCAAGAAUAGGCCUGAAUUUGACUUAUCAUUGGAUGUCAUAAACCAGACCUCAAAGAAUGAAUACCUGAUUCGCUCGCUUCUGGAUAUCGUCAGUGAGAAUAAUGUCCCCAAAAAAGAGAUGAAUGUUUUGGAAAUUAACGUAACAAACGGACUGAUGGCCAUAGAAAUAUAUGACACGCUGACAGACAACGCAUUCAUGAUAUCUGUUUUUCGCACAAAACUCACGGAACCGGAGAUGGCUUUGAAUUCAAUGAAUGGUAAAAAGUAUUUAACAAACAAUGACUUAGAGAAGAGAGUCACCGACUUCUUGGGCGCCUCCAAAAAGAUUGGAUUUACUCUAAUUAGCAGUAAAUUUGAUUCAUUUGGUUCAAUGGCUUUACUUUUCAAAAAGGUUUUCACUACACCUAUGGCUCCAAAAGAAAAUCAAAUUAUUGAAAUUAAUUCCGAUUAUAAGAAUUGGUUUGAAUUACUCAAAGAAAAAUUGAAACAAAAUAAUGAAAGUGAAGAAAAUAAGGAGAAUAUAUGGCUUAUCGCUAAUGAUUCAGCUAUUAAUGGCAUCAUUGGUCUCGUGAAUUGUCUGCGUUUAGAGCCGGGAGGAGAGACUAUUCGUUGUCUCUUUGAUGUCGAUAAUCUGAUAUCACAUCCCAUUGAUUUCAAUACUAAACCCUUUUCUGAUAUCGUGACAAAUGAUUUGGCUAUAAAUGUGCUGAAAAACGGAAAGAUCGGGACUUAUAGACACUUCGCUUUACCAAAAGAUUACGACAAAUCCGAUUCAAGCGACUAUUUCUUAAAUGUGGGCCAUAAUAGAGAUCUGUCGAGUUUGCAGUGGUAUGACUUCAAGAAUAUUGUGUCCAAGGAAUCCAAUUAUGACAUUUCAAACAACGUUAUCAAACAAAUUCAUUGCGAUGUCUAUACAUCUGGCAUUAACUUUCGUGACGUCAUGUUUGCAACAGGCCGAAUCGCUUCGGGACCACAACUGCUAUUCACUGAUUGUUUGAUUGGCUUUGAGUUCGCGGGCCGUCGGAGUGAUACCGGAGAAAGAGUUUGUGGUUUCGAUAUGAGUCGAUGUUUUGCCACAUCUAUCAAUGUUAACGAAAAGUUAAUAUCAGCCAUACCCGAGCACUGGUCUAUGGAGGACGCGGUCACUAUACUAAGUACUUAUAGUACUGUUUGGUACGGACUCAUAGAAAGGGCACAACUCAAGAAAAAUGAAAGCAUUCUCAUCCAUUCGGGCGCCGGUGGUGUAGGACAGGCGGCUAUAAGAGUUUGUCAGUUCUAUGACUGCGAUAUCUUCGUAACUGUUGGCACAGAAGAGAAAAAGAAGUUUUUGAUGACUGAAUACAAUAUCCCAGAGAACAGAAUAUUCAGUUCAAGAGAUAUUCAGUUUAAGUACAGAAUCAAGUCUCUGACUAAAGGAAAGGGAGUCAAUCUGGUGCUCAACUCACUGACGGGUGAAAAACUUGAGGCCAGUUAUGAAUGCGUUGCAGAUUGCGGUCGGUUUGUAGAGAUCGGCAAAUAUGACCUCCAAAUGAACAAACAGUUGGGAAUGUUUUCAUUCCUCAGAGAUAUCUCUUUCAUCGGAGAUGCGUUGCAGAUUGCGGUCGAGAUCGGCAAAUAUGACCUCCAAAUGAACAAACAGUUGGGAAUGUUUUCAUUCCUCAGAGAUAUCUCUUUCAUCGCAGUAUCAGUCGAUAGGAAAUUAUAUUUUGAAGAGGGAUUUAUCGAUAGAUUCUACGAUUGGAUGCAUAAGAACUCCAACAACGGAAUGAUUAAACCAAUCAAUAGGACUGUCUUUAAGGCAGAAGACGCUGAAAAGGCAUUCCGUUAUAUGACAACCGGUAAACAUAUGGGAAAAAUAGUUAUUAAGACGAGAGACGAAGAAAGUGAUAAAACUGCUAUUCGUGUAAUAAAUGCGACCAACACUUUGAAGGUGACAUCAAAGACAUACUUUGAUCCAAACAAGACUUAUAUAAUAACCGGAGGUUUGGGUGGCUUUGGUAUGGAAUUAGUCCAUUGGAUGCUUUUCUUAGGCGCCCGAAAAUUUGUGUUGACCUCAAGAUUUGGUGCAAAACAAGAUUAUCAGAAGUAUGUGUUGAACAGAAUCGCAUCCAUGGGUGAAAACUUCAAAAUGUUUGGGACAGAGAUUGUUAUAUCAACCCAUGAUUCUAAUACACUGGAAGGCAGUCGACAACUCUUAGCCGAAGCGAGUAAAUUGGGUCCAAUCGGUGGUGUCUUUCAUUUGGCUCUUGUCCUCAACGACUGUCUCAUUGAGAAUCAAACUUAUGAUAAAUUCCAGGAAACUAUUGAUUCAAAAACACGAACGUUUGAAAAUAUGGAUAAAAUAACACGAGAGUUGAGCAUAAAUUUGGAUUACUUUGUGGUGUUUUCAUCGGUGAGUUGUGGUAAAGGAAACGCCGGACAAUCCAACUAUGGUUUCGCUAACUCUGUCUGCGAACACAUCUGUGAGUCCAGACGUAGGGAUGGAUUACACGGUUUGGCCAUUCAAUGGGGACCUAUCGGUGACGUCGGAGUCCUCGCAGAAACAGAUGUCGUCAGCUCUUUGGCUGGAAUUGUGAAACAGAGAAUCAAUUCUUGUUUAGAUAUUUUGGAUAAAUUGCUUCAAUCACGCGAAGCGAUUGUCUCUUGUGUUGUAAGAGCUAAGAGAGUGACCCAAUCGGGUACUCGUGAGGCAAGAAUUGUGGCCCAGAUAUGGCAGGCAUUAGGGAUAGAUCCCAAGACAACACCCGAACACUUAACUCUGGGUGAGAUCGGUAUGGAGUCUAUGUUUGCCAUAGAAUUACAACAGGGAUUGGAAAGGGAUUAUGACAUAAAGUUAACAUUAAAUGACAUCAAAAACAUAACCAUCAAAAAUAUGAAAGACUUUGAAAUGGGAAAAGUGGAGGUCUUUCGGCAAUACACUAAAGACAUUCGUAUUGCGAGAGAAAAGUUGAGUAAAAUUAAGUUUAUUAUUCCCGAUGAGAGUCACACCAAACUUAAUAGUGUGACGACUGGAAAGCCGGUCUAUUUCUUGCCUCCACUCGAAGGCAUAUUUGCAUCACUGGAAGGGUUGGCCAAUAAGAUAGACCGACCCGUCAUUGGUCUCAAUUGGAUCAAAGAUAUGGAGAAAAUGGCUUCUCUUAAGGAGAUCAGCAGAUAUUACACUCAACUCAUGAAAACUCUUGAGCCCAAAGGUGACUACGAUAUUGUGGGACACUUUUAUGGAGCACUCAUAGCCACGAAAAUGCUUAAGAAGGCACCGAUAGGUCGGGCAGUAAUCAUAGACUCAUUAUCUGAGACACAAGUGAACGAAGAGAUGCUAACCGACGAGUAUUUACUUGAAUUGAUCGUCAAAUUUAUUUCAAAGGAUUUGCCACAAGUAGUGAAGGAUAAGCUGCUGAGAGACAUGAAAACGGGCGGUGAUGUGGACACCAAACUGAGUAAACUUAGUUUUGAAAUCAAAGACUUUGUCGGCAAAAGCCUUAUGAGUAAACAUUUGGACGAAAUUCUGAGGAAUUCAUUCAAAAGAGCAAAAUUAUUCACUACUUAUCGACUGAACAUGAAAAACAAAUUGAAACAAAUGAAGUACAGCGUCGGCAAAAAGUAUCUGCAAAUGAGCGGAAAGUUACUAAUUAUUAAACCCUUUGAGACAAUCGGUGAUAAUAUCGAGGAAGACAUUACUGAACGCAUUAAGGAUUCAUAUUUUCUGCCAGAAAAGGGAUUGGAAGGAAAACUAAACUUUCAAAAAGUUAAUGAAAAUCCGGAUGAUCUGGCGAUCCAAAGCACAAACAAAUUGGCCAAAUGGGCGCCGACUAUCACAUUCUGGAGCAAUGGGAUCCAUACUUGUCUAAUAGAUGGUGGACUGGCCACUAAAUAUGACAUCAGACAGUCUGUCAUCACUUUGCUCUUCGCCGAUUCAAUAGACUUGCAGAUGAGGGCUGUGAUGAACAAAACAAUCACCAAAUAA